AUGUCUACGAAACUCUCGCGGCCAUUCCGCAUCAUCGCGCUCCCGCUCGUGCGCAUCCCGCAUGGCCCGCUGCGUGUCGCGCCUCGCGCAGCCGCAGCUGGACAGCAAGCUCCAGCAACCAGCGCUGUCGCGUCGGCUGGCGCGUCCUCGUCGUCGGCUAGCUCUUCGUCUUCGUCCACGAGCACCGCUUCGUCCUCGCUUGACCAGACUGCCGCUUCCACUGCUAUUGAGAGCGCCGACGCGUCGUCUGCAGACUCGACAACCACCAAUGCGCCGCUUGUCCUGUACCAGGUCCAGCAGCCCGACCGCGCGACUGCCGACGGCCAGGCGUCAAUAGUGACGCGCGCUCUGACCAAGGCGUCAGACCUCUGGCUUGGGUUUGGCGAAAAGGACAAGGGAACGUGGCAGCGUAAAGUGUUUGAGCGCGGCGAGAAGCUCAUGGACCGUAUCGAGUAUGAGGAGUGGGCCCUCAAGUCCAUCCACGAGGACCAGGGAGUCAAGAUUGCAAAGAAGGGAGAGGAGCAGGAGCGCAUUGAGAUCUCGCUCCUCCGCCCAGCUGGCCUCGGUGUCCCCCCACUGCUGCCCAAGCUCCACCGCGCACUCAUUCAUCGCAUCCCUCACCACCGCAAGAUGAUGAUCCGUUUCUUGGUCUUCUCACCCAUCACCUGGCCAUUCGCCAUUAUCCCCGUUAUCCCCAACUUUCCCCUCUUCUAUGUCCUGUGGCGCGCAUGGUCGCACUACAAGGCAUGGCGCGGCGCGACUUACCUUGAGGCAGUGCUCAAGGCCGGCAUGAUCACCGAAAAGGAGAGCUCGACCCUCGACAACAUUUACGCUCACCACCGUGCCGACGUCAAGGACGGCAAGAUUAUCAAGGAAGGUGGCGAUGGCGCCGACUUUUACCCGGGCAUGAUGAUUACAACUGCCGAGGUACCCGACCUCAAGAAGGCGUUUGACCUGCGUCCUGCCGAGGUGGUGGACGUCGAGCGUGCCAUUGAGCAGGCGUCCCACCGCGCGCGGGACGGCGCCAAGGUCCUCCAGCUCAAAGCGGAGGGCAAGAGCGAAAAGGCCGAGCUCAAGUUCAAGAAGGAGGAGUAG